CGCGCCAAGCGGCUCCGCGGGGCCGGAUUUCUCCGGUGUCACGGCGGGGGAAGGCGGGCGUCGCGGCGCGGCUUUCGGCAGCCGGCCCGGGGCAGGCGGGCGCUGUGGGGCCUGUGCUGCCGCAGCCCGUCAGUUCUGGAAGCACACUGAGGUGCUUGAGCGUGUCCAGAGAAGGGCAGCGGAGCUGCUGAAAGGUCUGGGGUAUAAGUCCUGCUAGGAGCGGCUGAGGGAGCUGGGGCUGUUUAGCCUGGAGAAAAGCAUGCUCGGGGAGACCUCAUUGCCCUCUGCAACCACCCGGAAGAAGUUUGUAGCCAUUAGUCUCUUCUCCCAGACGACUAAUGGCAGGACAAGAGGAUGGAGCUUCAAGCUGUGCCAGGGGAGGUUCAGGUUGAACAGCAGGAGGAAUUUCUUCACAAUAACGAAAGAGAAGUAGCCAAGCAUAAAAGGCAUAGCUUCUGCUGAACAAGAGCAGUAGCAGACUACAAGGAAAUGUCUUCUGAAAUAGGUCAACAGGGAAGUCAGACACCUCCAAUAAAGCAACCUGGAUGGCCAAUGUUAUUUUGUCCCAUGUCCCAAAUUCAAGACAGGGAGAUUGCAAGGAUAAUUAAAGAAUGCAAACAGGAAAGUUUCUGGUACAGAGCUCUUCCUUUAUCUCUUGGGAGCAUGCUUGUCACCCAGGGGCUAAUCUCAAAAGGCAUUUUCUCAGCAAGCCCAAGAUUUGGUCCAUACCCCAAGAUGGCAAUUGCCGGUGUCUUGGGUUUUGCCAUUGGAAGGAUGUCAUACAUGGGAGAAUGCCAGAAAAAGUUUCAGAAAAUUGGUAUUGCACCAUUUGGUGCACAACAAAAAAGGAAGUGUCAUCAUACUUGCAAAGACUGUAAAUCAAAAUUGGGAUCAAAUGAGAGAGAAGGUUCAAGCCCUUCAGCAACUUAGUGCCAGGGGCUCUGGAAUGUUCUCAGAGAAAUCACCAAGAAGCUCCAUGUUUCACAUUGAAAGCAAGGUGGCACUCACAUAAAUAACAGGUCAUUUUAUUUAUUACAGAUGUGGUGAACAUGAUUAAAACUUUAUGGACCAUCUUCUUUCAAGGCACUUUCCUGUAGACUAGAAAUAAUAAUUUUGUGAUUCUAUCUCUUAGAUUUGGUAUAAAUUGACUUAUUUGAAAUAGUUGCAUAUUGUUACAUAGUUCUGUUUGUACUAAAUACCAUUUUUUUGAAAUGCACUUUUUGAAAUACACUCCUCUCUUUUCAGCACGCA